AUGCGGAAUGCCGAAAACUUCUGUGAAAAUUUUCUUAUUUUUAGCAUCAUCGCGGUGCUAAAUGCGAUCAGCCAGUUGACGAGUGCAUGUCGAUACCUUGCGAUAAUAGCGGUGUCUGUGAGUCCACAAAUGACGGUUUCAAAUGCCAUUGUCGAAAGUACUAUCUGGGUGAUCGCUGUGAGACCCUGGGCUCCUGCCUCAGUAAUCCUUGUGAACGAGGCGAAUGCUUGCAACUUUCACAAAACAACCAUUCGUGUAGCUGUCCAAAAGGCUAUGAAGGGAAAAAAUGCGAGGUACGGUAGUACUCUUUCAGUUAAUAACAGUGAAACAACGUAGUU